AUGGCAGCAAUGAAAGGAGCAACAUUUCUCUUCCUCCUCGUGGGCUUACUUUUCAAUCAAGCAUUAAGUCAGAAUGAAGUACAAGAAAUUGAAGACAUAAUCAGCAGCCUUAGGGCUGAAGAACGAAGGGCUAUAGCACGCGGAUCAGGAGCUGGAUUUGGACAAAGAGCAGGAGGUGGACAAAGAGGGCCGAAUGAAUUGUAUAAUUACGAAUUCCUCUCUCAAAGCCAGGAAUUUGACUUAGGGGCAGAUGGUGGCGGCGUAGGAGCAGGAGCUGGUGCUGGCACAGGAGCGGGAGUUGGUGCUGGUUUAGGAGCAGGAGUUGGUGCUGGCUUAGGAGCAGGAGUUGGUGCUGGCUUAGGAGCAGGUGUUGGUGCAGGAGUAGGAGCUGGUGCUGGGGUAGGAGAAGGUGCUGGCUUAGGUGUAGGAUCUCCACUUUACCAAUUCUUCGCUGAAAGCAAACGAUAUGGCUCAGGAUUAGGAUCAGGAGCUGGAGCUGGAGUAGGAGCAGGAGUUGGUGCGGGAGCAGGUGUUGGUGCUGGGGCAGGAGCAGGUGCUGGAGCAGGAGUUGGAGUUGGUAUAGGGGCAGGACUUGGUGCUGGCGUAGGAGCAAGUGUUGGUGCAGGAGCUGGUACUGCGACAGGAGCAGGAUCUCCACUUUACCAAUUCCUCUCUGAAAGCCAAGGAUAUAGAUCAGCCUUUGGAUCAGGACCUCGCGCUGGCUUAGGAGCGGGUGCUGGCGCUGGCGUAGGGGCAGGAGUUGGAGCUGGCGUAGGAGCAGGUGCUGGGGCAGGAGUUGGAGCUGGCGUAGGGGCAGGAGUUGGUGCUGGGGCAGGAGUUGGAGCUGGCAUAGGGGCAGGAGUUGGUGCUGGCGUAGGAGCAGGUCUUGGUGCUGGAGCAGGUGCUGGUGCUGGAGCAGGAGUUGGUGCUGGAGCAGGACUUGGUGCUGGAGCAGGUCUUGGUGCUGGGGCGGGAGUUGGCGUAGGAGCAGGUGCAGGUGCUGGAGCAGGACUCGGUGCUGGAGCGGGUAUUGGUGCUGGAGUAGGAGCAGGUCUAGGUGCUAGAGCAGGACUCGGUGCUGGAGCAGGACUUGGAGCUGGGGCAGGUCUUGGCGCUGGAGUAGGAGCAGGUGUUGGCUUAGGAGCAGGUGUUGGCUUAGGAGCAGGUGUUAGUGCUGGAGCAGGUCUUGGGGCUGGAGCAGGACUCGGUGCUGGAGCAGGACUCGGUGCUGGAGCAGGACUUGGAGCUGCAGCGGGUCUUGGUGCUGGAUUAGGAGCAGGUGUUGGCUUAGGAGCAGGUGUUGGUGCUGGAACAGGUCUUGGGGCUGGAGCGGGUCUUGGUGCUGGGGCUCCCUAUUUCCAAUACCUUCAACGCCUCGGAUAUAAAUUAGGAGGUUUUGGUGCCGGCUUAGGAGGCGGAGCUGCAGCUGGCUUAGGAGCUGGUGCUGGAGUAGGAGCAGGUGUUGGUGCCGGAGCAGGAGUUGGCGUUGGAGCAGGCCUGGGUGCUAGAGCAGGUCUUGGUGCUGGAGCAGGACUUGGUGCUGGAGCAGGUCUUGGCGCUGGGGCAGGACUUGGCUUAGGAGCAGGUCUUGGUGCUGGAGCAGGAGUUGGUGCUGGAGCAGGAGUUGGUGCUGGAGCAGGUCUUGGCGCUGGAGCAGGUCUUGGUGCUGGAGCAGGUGCUGGUGCUGGAGCAGGAGUUGGUGCUGGAGCAGGACUUGGUGCUGGAGCAGGUCUUGGUGCUGGGGCGGGAGUUGGCGUAGGAGCAGGUGUUGGUGCUGGAGCAGGUCUUGGGGCUGGAGUAGGUCUUGGUGCUGGAGCAGGUGCUGGUGCUGGAGCAGGAGUUGGUGCUGGAGCAGGUCUUGGUGCUGGGGCGGGAGUUGGCGUAGGAGCAGGUGUUGGUGCUGGAGCAGGUCUUGGGGCUGGAGCAGGACUCGGUGCUGGAGCAGGACUUGGAGCUGCAGCGGGACUUGGAGCUGCAGCGGGUCUUGGUGCUGGAUUAGGAGCAGGUGUUGGCUUAGGAGCAGGUGUUGGUGCUGAAGCAGGUGUUGGGGCUGGAGCAGGACUCGGUGCUGGAGCAGGACUUGGAGCUGCAACGGGUCUUGGUGCUGGGGCUCCCUAUUUCCAAUACCUUCAACGCCUCGGAUAUAAAUUAGGAGGUUUUGGUGCCGGCUUAGGAGGCGGAGCUGCAGCUGGCUUAGGAGCUGGUGCUGGAGUAGGAGCAGGUGUUGGUGCCGGAGCAGGAGUUGGCGUUGGAGCAGGCCUGGGUGCUAGAGCAGGUCUUGGUGCUGGAGCAGGUCUUGGCGCUGGAGCAGGACUUGGCUUAGGAGCAGGUCUUCGUGCUGGAACAGGACUUGGUGCUGGAGCAGGUCUUGGUGCUGGAGCAGGAGUUGGUGCUGGAGCAGGUCUUGGCGCUGGAGCAGGUCUUGGUGCUGGAGCAGGUGCUGGUGCUGGAGCAGGAGUUGGUGCUGGAGCAGGACUUGGUGCUGGAGCAGGUCUUGGUGCUGGGGCGGGAGUUGGCGUAGGAGCAGGUGUUGGUGCUGGAGCAGGUCUUGGGGCUGGAGUAGGUCUUGGUGCUGGAGCAGGUGCUGGUGCUGGAGCAGGAGUUGGUGCUGGAGCAGGACUUGGUGCUGGAGCAGGUCUUGGUGCUGGGGCGGGAGUUGGCGUAGGAGCAGGUGUUGGUGCUGGAGCAGGUGUUGGGGCUGGAGCAGGACUUGGAGCUGCAGCGGGACUUGGAGCUGCAGCGGCUCUUGGUGCUGGAUUAGGAGCAGGUGUUGGCUUAGGAGCAGGUGUUGGUGCUGGAGCAGGUCUUGCGGCUGGAGCAGGACUCGGUGUUGGAGCAGGACUUGGAGCUGCAGCGGGUUUUGGUGCUGGGGCUCCCUAUUUCCAAUACCUUCAACGCCUCGGAUAUAAAUUAGGAGGUUUUGGUGCCGGCUUAGGAGGCGGAGCUGCAGCUGGCUUAGGAGCUGGUGCUGGAGUAGGAGCAGGUGUUGGUGCCGGAGCAGGAGUUGGCGUUGGAGCAGGCCUGGGUGCUAGAGCAGGUCUUGGUGCCGGAGCAGGAGUUGGCGCUGGCUUAGGAGCAGGAGUUGGUGCUGGAGCAGGUGUAGGCGCUGGCUUAGGAGCAGGUCUUGGUGCUGGCUUAGGAGCAGGUCUUGGUGCUGGAGGAGGAGCAGGACUUGGUGCCGGAGCAGGAGUUGGUGCUGGAGCAGGUGUUGGCGCUGGCUUAGGAGCAGGUCUUGGUGCCGGAGCAGGAGUUGGCGCUGGCUUAGGAGCAGGUGUUGGUGCUGGAGCAGCACCAAGACCUGCUCCUAAGCCAGCACCAAGACCUGCUCCAGCACCAAGUCCUGCUCCAGCACCAACUCCUGCUCCUACACCUAAACCAAGACCUGCUCCUAAGCCAGCACCAAGACCUGCUCCAGCACCAAGUUCUGCUCCAGCACCAAGUCCUGCCCCAGCACUAAGACCUGCUCCAGCACCAAGACCUGCUCCUAAGCCAGCACCAAGACCUGCCCCUAAGCCAAGUCCUGCUCCAGCGCGAAGACCUGCCUCCCACACCAAGACCUGCUACAGCACAAAGCCUGCUCCAGCACCAAGACCUGCUCCUAAGCCAGCCCCAAGACCUGCACCUAAGCCAAGUCCUGCUCCAGCGUUAAGACCUGCUCCAGCACCAAGUCCGGCUCCAGCACCGAGACCUGCUCCAGCACCAAGACCUGCUCCCAGCACCCAGCCUGCUCCAGCGCCAACUCCUGCUCCGGCACCAACACCUGCUACUACUCCAGCACCAGCUCCGCCUCCUAAGCCGGCACGAAAACCUCCUAAUUUAUAUCCCAGGCGUCGAGCAAGGUAUUGGAAAAAUGAGCUCCAGCAUCAAGACCGCUGCGGCUCCAGUCCUGCUCCAGCACCGAGUCCUGCUCAGCCCCAAGACCUGCUGCACACCAAGACUGCUCUAAGCCAGCACCAGACCUGCUCAGCACCAAGUCCUGCUCCAGCACCAACUCCUGCUCCUACACCUAAACCAAGACCUGCUCCUAAGCCAGCACCAAGACCUGCUCCAGCACCAAGUUCUGCUCCAGCACCAAGUCCUGCCCCAGCACUAAGACCUGCUCCAGCACCAAGACCUGCUCCUAAGCCAGCACCAAGACCUGCCCCUAAGCCAAGUCCUGCUCCAGCGCGAAGACCUGCUCCAACACCAAGACCUGCUACAGCACAAAGCCCUGCUCCAGCACCAAGACCUGCUCCUAAGCCAGCCCCAAGACCUGCACCUAAGUCAAGUCCUGCUCCAGCGUUAAGACCUGCUCCAGCACCAAGUCCGGCUCCAGCACCGAGACCUGCUCCAGCACCAAGACCUGCUCCAGCACCCAGCACCAGCUCCGCCUCCUAA